AUGAGUCUCAUCAACUUCAUACUUUAAGAAAAAAUCAAUGGUGGCUUCGAAAAGAAACAAAAUCUCUCCAGAGUUAUUUUUAAUCGAUUCAUCUGAUUUCCCAUAAUUCAGAUUUCCGUCUUCAACCGUCUGUGAAUAUCUGAUUGCCCAUUUCCCCCGCCUUCGACUCACCCAUUUAUUUGGACCUUAUUAAAAAAAAAAAAAAAUUUCCAUCACCAACCCAACUGAACAUCCCCUCCCCGCUUUGCACACACACACAGCACAGCACAAACGAGGCCACUUCUCUCUCUCUCUCUCCGCAACCAAGGACGGAACCGGUUCGAGGCAGAUUCUCUCUCUCUUGCUACUUCUCGUGUAUAUUCUCAUUCUCGCCACAAGGCAGGCAACAUCACCACCACCGCUGCUGAUUCUCCUCAAUACACUUUCGCCAAUCUCCGCCUCCUAAAUCCCUGCCAAUUUUUUUAUUUUAUUAUCUGAAAUUUCUCUCUAUUUUGCUAAGGGAACUUUUAAACAGUGGGUGUGGUGACCAUAGUGGAAAAGGGGCUGAAAAGACUAAAAGCCUAUAGUGAGUGGUAGUCUCAAAAAGCAGCAGUUUUUAGUGUCUCAACAUUCUCAUCGCACUCGCUCAGAGAGCAGCGACGAGAGGAGGACGACGAAUAACCUUCAAACCAAGCAGAGUAACCAGCACGGCUUUACAUAAUAACUCUUCUCCUCCUAAUAUCAGCCACCAGUCACGUGGACAACUCUCUGGCUGACUAUUUUUCCACACCCUGAAAAAUUGCUUCGUAGUUUUGUUGCUCUCUAAUUUUUUGGAAAAAACAAAGUGCGACCAGUUCCCCCAGUUUUUAAGAAAUUUGAGACCGAGAAAACCUACUGCGCAUUUGUUACCCACUUGUUGCCACACUCUUCUCUCUCAACUCCACGAUGGACUACACCUCCCCACCCCCACCAGCCCCUCAAUCCUCACACCUCCUCCACCACCCCCUCCAACAACAACAGCACUCCCCACAACCACACCACCCCACCCAUUCCCACUAUUUGGACUCUCUCCUCUCGGACUUCCCCCCCACCCCCCGCGCCCGAUCCAACACGUGGCCAUGUCGUCCCGUGGAGGUGGACCCUUCUCCUCAACAGCCCUACACGGACCAGGACAUGGGCCCUCAGCACAACCCUCCCAACACGACGACGCCUCCGCCACCAUCCAGUUUAACAUUGUUGCAGCAGAAGAAAUCCACCUCUCGAAGGAACGCCUGGGGAAAUUUGAGCUAUGCGGAUUUGAUCACCCAGGCGAUUGGCAGUAGUCCCGAGAAGAGGUUGACGCUGAGUCAGAUUUACGAUUGGAUGGUGGGCAACGUGGGGUAUUUUAAGGACAAGGGGGAUUCUAAUUCCUCUGCGGGGUGGAAGAACUCCAUCCGCCACAACCUCUCGCUCCACAACCGCUUCGUCCGUGUGCAGAACGAGGGGACGGGAAAGUCCUCCUGGUGGAUGCUCAACCCAGAUGCGAAACCCGGAAAGGCCGCCCGCCGCCGGGCCACCUCGAUGGAAACCUCCAAAUACGAAAAGAAACGUGGCCGGAUCCGUAAGAAAAUCGAAGCGAUGCGGAUGAACGGGACUUUACUCGAUGCGCAGUCACCCUGUUCUUCACUGAGUGAAGGGUUGGACUUGUUCCCUGGUGGAGGGUCCCUCAGCCAGCAGCAGUCGGAACAUGACCAGUCCCCCCCACCGACCUCCUCCUCCACCACGAACCUCUCCACCCUCACCUCUCAAAACACCUUCCAGCUCUCCCCCCUGCCCGACUUCCGGCCUCGUGCCUCCUCCAACGCGUCCUCCGUGGGUCGUCUCUCGCCCAUUUUGAACAUCUCAGAGGAGCCGGACCUUCAUGAUAAUCAAGUCCCUCCCAUGAGUCCCUGGGUCGAUUAUUACAAUACCGGGAUUGGAGGUGGUGCGGGAGGUCAGUUUGGGAUGCAGUUCGGCUUGGAGGAGGUUCAACUUGCGGGGAAUUUGGCAAACAUGGUCAAGAUUCAAGAGUAUGAUCCCAGUUUUUAUGAUUUUGUGGAGCAGCAGCAGCAGCAGGAGAAUCAGAACAGUGGUGCGGGUGCGGGUGGGAAUGGGCAGGACUUUUACACGUACAACACCUCCUCCACUCCUGCAUCGAACUCCUGCAGCACUCGGCCCAGUCCCCUCUCCAACUCCUCCUCGAACCCCUCUCUAAUCAAGCGCUCCACGCUCAACAACGUGGUCACGAAUUCUGGCACGGCGGACGAGUUCGCCUUCGACCAGCUGGGUCACUUUGUUGACGAGGAGGAGGCCGCCGCCGUGGAGGAACUCGCUCUCAACGAGUUACAAAUCAUGGGCGCAGAGUUUUUCCAACCUCAGCAGAAUGGAGUCCUGUACAACAACUACAACACCACGACGAGCUCCACCAGCACUCUAUCUUCGACUCCCACACCCCCCACAAAUCUCCACCAGCAACAACAACAACUUCAACAACAGUACAAUCAACAGCUUCUUCAGCCAAACUCACAACAGCAGCAGCAGCAGCAGCAAGCCGUGGUUGUGACGUCGAGCUCUAAUAAUAAUUUGCUGGGCAGGCAGUGGGUGCAUUAGUGGGAGGGUAGUAGCAGCGAGUGAGUGUGUUUCAGGCGGUGCUUGAAUGAGCUUAAAAAUAAUAGCUUUAUAUUUUUAAAUGUGAUUAUUAUAAACAGAUUUAAAUAAAAGAAUUUUAUGUGUGACUUGAGA